UUCCUCCAUGCCAGUGUACAGUCCAUCUCAGCACAUAUGGUCUUAUCAAAAGACAGGGGGAGUGAACGCACAUUGCCCAGCAUGUUCAGCAGAGCACAAGGACCUUGUUUCUUUUGGGAGAAUUAAGAGCCCAAUUCCAAACUCCAAGGAUUCAGGCCAUCAUGGAACGCACUGUCCUCUUGCCUCUGCUAGUCUCUGUCUGGAUGGUGCCCUGGCUGGUGUCAGCUAAAGAUUUCACUGAACCCCCAUCCCUCUCCCUGCACCCUAAGUAUCAGAUGUAUUUCACUGGUGAGACAGUUGGUCUUACGUGCUCUGCUCCUCCGUCAGUGGGUCGGAUUAAUGGAAUGGAAUAUUACAGCGAUGUCUCCUGGGCCACAACAAUAAUUGUUUCUUCUGGAAAAAGCUUCACUGUCAAUCUGACACUCAUGGGGCCACCGCGCACAGGAUCUUACACCUGCACAUAUUCUAUAUCCGGUAUGCAAUCCUCACGUAGCAAUCCUGUGACCAUCCAAGUUACAGAUCUACCUCUACAGCCUGAACUGAUAGUAAAUCCCUCAUCUGGUGUGGUGAGCAAAGGAAAACACUUGGUUAUUACUUGUAUAUCUCCUGGAGAUGUUGAGGAGAAAAGGUUUUACUUUUACAAGGAUGGUGCCAAGAUUGUUCCUGGGAAUAAAGAUUUUGAGUUCAGCCCUGUAGAGCCUGGGAGUGGCUCUAAGAAGAACUCUGUGCUCAGCAUCCCAUGUGUAAAUCCCAACAUCAUGGGAGAAUUCACCUGUGAGUAUGAGAAGAAGGUGAGCGGAAGGUGGGUCACAUCUCAAAGAAGCCAAGCUGUGAACGUUACAAUAGCAGAAUUCAGAUGCACCUUGACCAGGCUACUUGCUGUGGGUGGGUCCUUCUUCGCUAUUAAUGGUCUCAUCUUCCUGAUUGCCUGUAUCUGCAUGAAACAUGGAGAUUCCCAAGAGAAUGCCAAGAAUGACAUGCAGACAAAGCAAAAGUCCUUAGCCUCGUUCUCUCAUAAAAAGUCAAGCACAAAGUCUUCCAGGAUUUUUGAUACUCCUAGAUAUGUGCUUCAAUUUCAGCCAGUGUCAUACAAGCAUAAUGAAUAUGAGUAAAACGUCUGAUGCCAGAAAUCCAUAAUGUAAAUGGUCUUUCCUUAAUCAAAGAUCAACAAGGCCCUUGGCCAGUUCUCCAUCCCAAUAGUAUUGCAGCAAGUAAAUACUUGAAAUGUUACCGGAAAAGCAAAAUGUUUUUGCAUCAACUUAAUCUUCAACAAAACCAGAAACAUCCAGAGCAGUCUGUUUGCAAUGAGCAAGCAAAAAAAAAAAACCCCAAAAAACCAAAAAAAAAAAACUAGAAAGGAAAGGGAAGUUUAUUUCUAUUCUCAUUAUCUCAACAGAACAUCAUUUGCAAUACGCAUUCAAAAUUAUGUGAAAAUGUGUACGUUCCCUCUUUCUAGUCUAUGAUUAAACCCUUAUUCUCUUUGU